AUGAAUGUUUCUGCUCAUGCUACUACUAGUACUGGUGGUGCUGGUGGUACUAACGGUAUCGGUUCUGCGGCUACUGCCACUGCUGCUGCUGCUGCUGCUGCUGCUGCUGCUGCUGCUGCUGCUGCUGCUGCUGCUGCUGCUGCUUCUACUUCCAUUGCUCCUGCCGCGCUUGGUAGCAAUUUCGGCAGUGAUUUUGCGGUUGUCAGUAUCGUAACUGUUGCCGUUACAGCUACUUCUGUCGCCGUUUUCGUUUUCCGUGCUUGA